AUGGAGAGCGAAGAAACGGCGUUUAUUGAGAAUGUUUUGAGUGCUCCUGUUAGAAAGGGAUAUAAAGCAGCAUUAGAGUUUUAUAAAAAGGAUAGCUAUUUGGAAGCGAAUGAUCGGUUAGAGUUAUACAAGAUAUAUCUUUCGAUAAGUAGGGCGCAGUUAUUUGGCGGGUUGGCGGGGUUCGGGUUAGUCUUUGGGACGCCAUUUGCGUACCAAAUGUAUAAGACCAAUGCUAUCAGAGGUGUGAAUGUCAAACGAAGUUUUUUACUUGGUUUGAUCAGUAUGGUUGUGUCUACUCAAUACUGCAGUCGGUAUGUUUAUAACUCUAAGCUUGAGAAUGUUGCGCCGAUGAGCACGUAUGAUUUUGGCGAUGGGUUUACGCAGAAGACGUCUCAGUACCGGCAAUAUGAGAUGAUGUUGUUGCUAAAGGAUGGUACCCCUUCGAAGUGGGCAGUGUAUUUCUAUGAUACCUAUCAAAAUCCUGCAUAUAGGUUUCCAGAUCCUAAGGUGAAGUUGCAUGAGAUGAUGAAACGGUGGCCGCAACUAGGUUCUCCCUUUAUGAACCAAAGAGAUCCUAUAGGGUUAUACUCAGACACCAAACCUAGGCCAGGAGGUAUUGCAGAGAAAGUCAACGUCACGUCUAGUUCUCAGCUUGGCUCUGACGAUCUUCAUGAUUCAAUGGGCGCAAUAUCUGCAGAAGAUAAGAACUUACCGGAACUAUCUGCUUGGGAUAGAAUACGCCAACGGAAAGAUGUUACUCCAACGGACGGAAAUAAUACAUGGGAAUAUGUUCAGAAGCAAAGGCUCGCGGAAGCAAAGGGUGAUGAGACCUCGAUUGAGGAUGUUGUUUCAGUAAGCGGUUCACAGCAAGAUUUUGACGCUCUACUUGAAGAAGGACGCCGGUUAUAUAAAUGA